CUGUUGACUCUCUGCUCUGAUUGAAUCGCAGGCCAGAAUAAAGAAAAUAAUGCAGACCGAUGAGGAGAUCGGAAAGGUUGCUGCUGCUGUUCCAGUGAUAAUCUCCCGAGCCCUGGAGCUGUUCCUGGAUUCUUUACUGACCAAGGCCUGCCAUGUGACCCAGUCGCGAAACGCCAAGACCAUGACCACGUCUCACCUGAAGCAGUGCAUUGAGUUGGAGCAGCAGUUUGAUUUCUUGAAGGAUCUGGUAGCCUCUGUGCCAGACAUGCAGGGCGAUAAUGAGGACAACCACAUGGAAGGUGACAAGACCCCGCGGAGGGGGAGGAAGCCCGGAUCCGGACGGAGGAACACAAAUGGAGGAGCGGGGCCGGGGCCUAAAGCCAAGGACAGGAAGCAGUCCAGCACGGAAUCAGAGCAGGAGGAAGAGUCGGAGGACAGCGAGACGGACGAAGAGGAGGCAUCCCGGUCCAGCGCAGAUAAGCCCGGAUGCCAGGUCCAGAGCCCCCGGUCAGUCUUCAGCAGUCCGCUGCCAGCCUUGCCCGUGCCGACCUGCUCGCCGGCGCUGGGCAACCUGCCGAUGCCCGCGGCCACCCCGAUGUGUCAAGAUGGCGGAGAGGAUGAUGACUAUGACUCCUAGCUUCGCGUCUCGCUACCGGCUGGUGGUAGAAGAGGAUAAAAAUGGGGGUUUUAUUCAGUUUGUGGGCGCGUGUGUUUAUGUAUAUGUGUGUGUGUGUGUGUGUGUGCGCGUGCAUGUGUGCGUGUGCUGUUUACUUUCAAGAUUUAUUUUUUCAUAUCCGGGGGCAGAGUAUCGUGAGGGGGGUGGGUGGGAAUGGGGAUGGUGGGUUGGCUUUGAUUGGGGGGGGGGGGUUACAGUCAUCCAGGAGUUUCGUUUUUUUUCCCCCUUUUCUCUCGCCUCGUUUUAUUUACUGCGCCCAGGUCGCAGCUCUUAAACCGUUUUAUCCCCCUCGCUUUGUCUCUCGUGUGCAUGGAGUAUCUGCCCCACCACCUCGCCCUCGCUCCCCCUCCCCAAAAUAAAAACCUCCCAGUCCUCUGCGGUCCCGACCUUCAAAUUUAAAAAGAAAUUGCAUGAGCAGAAGGAAAGAUAGAAAGAGCUGGAAGAGUGUUUUGGCAUUAUUUUUACGGUUUAAUUUUAGUAAAACGCGAAAUAAAAAGUUGGGAGAAAGAAAAGACUUUUUUUUUAAAAAAGAGAGGGACGAUCCAUGCUCUCACCUGACCAGAAUUUUUGGGUUUCUCACCAACAGAGGUAACCUCACUUGCGCGGGGUGGGUUGUGUUGUUGAAAUCUGUGCGAAUCCUAAUCUGUGGCUGUUCCACCUGUCUGUUCCUUGGUUUGUCGUGGCUCCCCUCUGCUCUUGCAGUCAGUGAGAUGCGUUAGUGUUUUUUUUUGAGAGGGAGGUGGGGUGUGCGGGCGAAUGUUCGCGGGGUGGUGGUGGCUGAAAUUGUCCAUCUGGCUCUAAAUAAAGGCAUUUUUAAGGGGA